CACGUGCAACAACCCCACAUGCAUGCAACCUCCUCUUCUCCAGCUUAUAUAUGCGCCUCCCCAUCUCCAUCUCCAUUCAACUCCAACACAAGCAACCACCAACGAUAACAAGAUCAACAAGCAGAAGAAGAAGAAGAAGCUUGCAUUGAGCUACCAAUUAAUUCACAGUCAUCAUGGCUCCCAGCUUUGGCCGCUCCAUCUCCUUCCCGCUCAGUCCGGCGAGGUCGUUCAAGCCCCGAUCGGCGGCGGCGGCGUGCCACGUGCGCUCCAUCAGCCUCCCAUGCCGCUCCCACCCGCUCCUCUCCCACCUCCAGAGCCACAUCGCCGCCGUCCGCUCCUGGCUCCUCCAGGACCACGGCGACGCCUCCGCCUCCGCCUCCGUCUCCGCGGGCCUCGCCCACAUCCACGCCCUCCACGCCGCCCUCGCCGACCUCCUCCUCCUCCCCGACCCUCAGGACGCGCUCCGCCGCUCCACCGCCGCCGCCGACCGCCUCCUCGACGCCUUCCUCCUCCUCGCCGACGCCCACCAGGGCUUCCACGAGGCCCUCCUCGACCUCACCCACCACGUCGCCGAUGCCCGCGCCGCGCUGCGGAGGUCCGACGCCGCCAGGCUCGCCUCCGCCCUCAGGUCCCAGCGGAGGGCCGAGAAGGAAAUCGCCCGCCUCGCCUCCACCGUCUCCGCCGCCGCCGCCGCCACCAAGUACUCCUCCCGCCUCGGCCUCGGCGCCACCGCCGAGGAGACCGAGAUGACCGCCGCGCUCAUGGACGCCGCCACCGCCAGCGCCGCCGCCUCCGCGGCCGUCUUCACCGCUGCCGCCUCCAUGUCGUCGGCCGCGGCCUCAUCCUGCAGCUGCAAGAAGACGCCGGCGUUCGCGGCCUUCGCCAAGAAGGCCUCGCCGGAGACGGCCCAGGUGGCCCUCGAUCGGUUCGAGGAGUUGGAGCAAUGCAUCGACGAGUCCGAGAGCAGCUGCCACAAGGUGUUCAGGGGCAUUCUUCACACAAGGGUUGCACUGCUCAACAUUCAGACUCCAACAUUCUAGAAACCAACUGAAAAUGUACAUCUUGCUGACUGCUCAGGAGACGAACUAAUUGAUCAUGUACACACUACAUACAAUACUGUACAUAGAAAACAGAGUACAGAGAUUAAUACAGAGAGGAAAAUUUUGCCAUA